CAGAGAGCGCCCCAGGCCCGGGGAUCGGGAGCCGGCCAGCCCCGCCCCCGGGCCCCGCUUCCCGCCGCGGCAGGAAGGAAGGACGAGCGGGGCCUCGGCGCUGGUGCUGCCCGCGCGGACCCACAUUUACAUUGAUCAUUGGAGAAAACUUCACAGACGAUGGAGGACUCACUGCAUGAAGACUCUCAGCCAUGGUAUAAUCAACAAGUAUAUGCAAGAUACUGGAAGCAUUACAACCAAGCCAUGCACUGGAUGUACAAGCACAAAAAUGCCUACAGGAAAGCCAUGGAGUCCUUUUAUCAUCUGUCAUGGUAUCCAUCCGAAACCUUUCCCACAAGCCGUUACUCGGAUUGGGAUGGAGGCAACCCAUCAGAUGCUGACAACUAUUCUACCUACACUCCAAACAGCAGAGCGCGAUACCCAGGUGCCCAUUGCAGUUCCGGAGUGAGCAAGGAUAUGGGCAGGGAUUCUGAAAUGGAGAAGGAUUCUGAGUCUGAAGAGGAGAUAGAAUGUGACCUGAGCAACAUGGAGAUCACAGAGGAGCUCCGCCAGUAUUUUGCACAGACAGAGGCGCACAGGCAGGAGUUACGAAAGCAGCAGCAGCUUGAAGCCGAGCACCAGGACAUGUAUGUCGAAGCUGAUCAUGACCUGCACCUAACAACACGACGUUCGGUACAACCCCCUGCAGAAAGACCCGGGGAGAGACGUAUGGCUGAAAUGAAGAAACUCUAUGGUGUGGGUGCUGCCAAAAUCCAAGCCAUGGAGACUGCCAUGCAACUUACCUUUGAUAGGAACUGUGAUAAAAAGCAGCCCAAGUACUGGCCUGUUAUCCCCCUGAAACUGUGAGCGUACUAGCAGUCGAGCGCUGCAGCUGUGGGUGCCCAAUCAGGCUACACAGCUCAGUGAAUGAAUCAGGGGUCAUCACUUGUUCUCCUUUCCCCUCCUGCCAAGCACACUCCCCCUCUUCUUUUUAAUCUGUCUACCAGAGUUUUCAGAACCUAUAGCAUCUCCACAGGGAAAUGCUAAAGUAUUGAUUUGUACUGUAGGGAUAGUGAAAUUUUACUUCUUUUUAAAAUAUAUAUUUUCACUAAUUUAAUGUUGGUCUGCCUUGACCAUGCUUGCAGGAAAUGAAAUAGCAUUUGUUUGCGCUUAGUGAGCUGGGAAGACUGUUCAGCAACACAAAAAUCUCUACAAAUGAUCCACUUAUUUAUUAUUUUUAAUGUAGUAGCCUUGAGAUCCAUUUUAAUACAGUACAGCUUGAAGUGUUGUGAAUUCUGAACCCUCAUCCUUGAUUUGGGGAUCCUGCAGUCAAUUGGCCAAGGUACAAAAUACUAAAUUACUAUAGCACGGCCAUUUGAAAGCUCUUUAAAAGCUUUAUAAUAAGGCAGGAAUUUUUUAUUCCACUCUGAAACUUGGCAGGCAGAAUUUCAAUCCAGAAGCAAACUUAUAUGAAAACAUUAAAAAAGAAAUGUUGGCCAUUUUUAUUAUACAAUUGUUUGGCAUGGUAGCAAAAAUGUCUAAUUGAUUUGAUACGUAAAAAAAAGGAAAAUUAAACCAGCGGAGAGGAUUAGGUUCCAGUUCUGUCACCCUUCACUCACACUGAGUAGUGUCUUACUCAACUAAUAAUUUCAUUGAUUUGUGAACUCAAUGAGUAAGCAAUACUCACUAUGAAUAAAGGAGACAGAAUUGAGCCCUUAAUGUUGAAAAGUGAGUACUCUGGAUAUGUAAUCGUGAAAAUCCUUCUGAAAAGCAGCUGUGUGUCACUAUUGUAUACUUAGUUUGCACCAAAACAAAUCUUCAGACAUUUUUCUGUAGAAAGAGUUGUGUAAAGAAUAUGAUGAUUAAAUGGCCUCUCCGUAAUAUGCAGUAUUUCCAUGCUACAUUAUAAGUGGUUCCAAAGAAACAUAUUAGUGACUUACCUGUCAUAAACAUGGGUGACCCGUUUUUGGGGUAGAGAAGGCUGAGGCUGAAGUUCCAACCGUUUAAUUUGCUCUAGCUAUGUCCUGUACUUGCCUAUAUGGUCUAGCCCAGCGGUCCCCAACGCGGUGCCCAUGGGCGCCAUGGCGCCCAUGGGGGCAUCUUAAUGCGCCCGCGUCCUGGCCCCCGGGAGGGCACCCGCCGAAAUGCCGCCGAAUUUCAGCGGCAUUUCAGUGGGGACGCCUCUCGAUGACGACACUUGUCGCCGACAAGUGAUGUCAUCGAGAGGCGUCGCCCCCGAAUUUCGGCAGGGGCGCCUCUCGCAGACGCUGCUUGCCGUCGACAAGUGACGUCAUCGAGAGGCGUCACUCCCGAAUUUCGGCAGGGACGCCUCUCGAUGACGUCGCUUGUCACCCGACAAGUGACGUCAUCGAGAGGCGUCGCCCCCCGAAUUUUGGCAGGGGCGCCUCUCGCUGACGCUGCUUGCCGUCGACAAGUGACGUCAUCGAGAGGCGUCGCUCCCGAAUUUCGGCAGGGACGCCUCUCGAUGACGUCGCUUGUCGCCGACAAGUGAUGUCAUCGAGAGGCGUCGCCCCCGAAUUUCGGCAGGGGGGCCUCUCGCUGACGCUGCUUGCCGUCAACAGGAGACAUCAUCGAGAGGCGUCGCUCCCGAAUUUCAGCGGGGACGCCUCUCGAUGACGUCGCUUGUCGACAGCAAGCAGCGUCAUCGAGAGGUGUCGCCGCCGCAAUUCGGCAGCAUUUCGGCGGGUGCUCCACCGCCGCAGUGGUCCUUCGGCUGGCGCCCGCCAGCCAAAAAGGUUGGGGACCACUGGUCUAGCCGUUGUAGCAUGUGUGGCAUAUAUUAAACCACAUUAAUCUCUCUGCCCUUGCUAUAUCCUGGUAGACCAGAGCAAAUUUCAGAUUUAACUUUGAAUGUCCUUGUUCUUAUCACUUGGUGUUACAGCUUCAAAAGUACUUCAUUUUUCAUUCUAACUGAAUAUAACAUGCAUAACAUGAAGUGGUAAGACUGAACUCCUUAAAAUUAAAAGCUUCCAGACUCCAAGACUCAUUACCGAUGUAAUUGAACUAACAAGCUUGUACACAGGGAAAAAAAUAAGCUGGGGUUGUGAAAUGUAAUCCUGCAUUUGGUGUACUUUAAUUUUGUCAUGGUAUGUAUGUUAGCGAUCGACUAUGAAAUAUCAGGAAUUAGUGUUUUUGUUAGGAUCUCUCUUGGUUGACAGAAUAAACUUUUAUCUUCUC